CAGCUCAAGACCUUGUGGUCAUUCCCACCCUCGAGACCAUCCCCUCCUCCUCCUCCUCCUCCUCCUCCUCCUCGUACAGCUAUUCCUUUUUCUUUAAAACACAAAAGAGAUUGUCCUCUAUUCACCAGCUCACGAAAAAAAAAAAAAAAAAAAAAAAAAAGUCUUUUAAAAAGGCCUCGCGUGCUGCUUCCACGCGGCGCGCGACAUAUAAUCUCCCUCACAAAAGAUGGGCUUCACAACAGGUCUUACCGGCGGCGUAACCCUCGUCCUCGGUGCAGCCUACCUCACCCUCCAAGCCCACCAGCGCACCCGUCAGUCGCAGGCCGAAACCCUCCGCGCCCAGGCCUACGUCCUCAACUCGCUUUCCUACAUCCCCGCGUCCGCGCCACCGCCCAAGACACUCGCCGAGGAGCUCGCCCUCCUCGAGCACCAGCAGGAGCUCCUCGCGCGCGCCCAGCAGCGGAGGACCGAGCGCCUCGGCAGCGACGCCAGCUUCGUGCAGCGCGCCAAGGACAGGUGGAAUGCCGAGAUCGAGGGCGCCGUGCGGUGGGCGGCGGACAAGGACUGGGUCGCUGCGCGGGAGGACGCCGAGGACGCGGCGGGUCGGGUGUGGGCGCGGGUAACUGGGGGCGAACCGCCUUCUGUUGCGAGGACGGCGGAGCGGGCGAAGGGUGCGGUUGUGGAUGGGGCGGCGGCGGCGCAGGGGACUGUGCAGCAGGCGGGUGUGAGGACGAAGGAGGUCGUGCAGGCCGGGGCGGCGGAGGCCAAGGAGGCGGCGGGGAGUAUCUGGGAGAGAGGGUUUAGGAGGGGCAAGGAGGUGGCGUCCAAGGCGAAGGCGGCCGUCGGGCUGGCAGAGGAGAAGAUCGAGAAGAAGGUGGUGCAGGCGGCAUCGUCUGUGUCAGACGUGGAGAGCGUGCUGCAGCAGCGUUACGAGGGGAGACAUGGCAAGGCGGCGCUGGACAAGAGCGUGGAUGAAAUCCUGGCGGAUCGGUACAGGCCUGUGGAGGAACUGGAUAAUUCGAAGCUGCGGGAACGUGUAGAGAGGGCACGAGGAUGAUGGGCUUUCAGCGGGCCUCUUUGUUCUCUUUCGAGUUCAAGACUGCACCGCUUGUGUAAAUGGCAUGGAUCAAACGACUAC